AAAUUGUUAUAGAUAGGGAGAAUCCCAUCCACAAAGCCAGCAUUGAAGAGUCUUUUAAAGCUAAUUUUGAUCACUUCGAUCUGAUAAAUAUAAAAAAAGAUUAGAAAACUAAACAUCAAUCCCACUUUAUUUAUUUUCUCCCUCACAAUCUCCCUUAGUUGGUCUUCCAAGCAGAAUCAGCUUAAUCUUGAUCGAGAUUACCGAUUUGGGUGGAAGAAAGAUUUGCAAAAGUUCAUCAACAAGAAGGGUCGGAAUAAAAGUACGAUGGCUGAUGCUGGGAUUGGAGUUGUUGCUGAAACACUAUUGAACAUGGUGAUUUCACUCGCCACUGAAAAGAUCAAUCUGGUACGAGGUGUGAAGAAAGAACUCAGCAAGCUUCAAGAGCAACUGGAGAUGAUUCAAGCCAUGCAGAUUCAAGCUCACAAGCAGCCAAUAAGCAACCAACCUGUCCAACUUUGGCUCAAGAAGCUACAAUCAGUUGCCUUGGAUGCUCAGAUCGUGUUGGAGGAGUUCGGGUACGAAGUUCUACGACAGAAGAUUGAGGGCCGAAAGAGAGACAAAGUGCGCGCCUUCUUUUCAUGCUCAAAUCCACUUCCAUUCCGGCUGCGAAUGGGUCAGAAGAUCAAAAAUGUUCAGCAAUCCAUCGAAGAUGUUUAUGUACAAGGAGAAAGAAUUAUAUCUGUUCAGCAUGCUAACUUGGCGAACUCACCUUCUACUUUGAAUGAAUUGAGAUCAAGGCUAACAUCUCCUUAUGUAGAGGGUUCACAAAUUGUGGGGAGAGAUGAUGAUGUCAAAGAAGUGAUUGAAAUGUUGAUCAAUACAAACUUUGAGAAAGAUUUGCCAGUGGUUACCAUAUAUGGCAUGGGGGGUCAGGGCAAGACUACUCUUGCACAACUUGUCUACAAACAUGACAAGGUUCGGAAUUCAUUCGAUGAAACAAUCUGGGUCUGUGUCGCAGAAGAUUUCAAUGUGACGAGAUUGCUAGAUGAGAUUUGUCAAUGUGCCACGAAUACCAGGUCCCAAUUGACAAAUACAUCAGCUUUGGUGGAGAGGCUGAAAGGGGUGUUGACAGGUAAAAAGUUCUUGUUGGUAUUGGAUGAUGUGUGGAAUCGGGAUGAGGUUGAAUGGAAUAACCUCAGGAAUUGUUUGCUUCAAAUUGGUGACUCUAACGGAAGCAGGAUCUUGGCCACUACGCGUGAAUCCAAAGUCGCUUCAACCAUGGGGACGUCAAAGUAUCACAGCCUUGGUGCACUCAGCGACGAUCAAAGUUUGGAAUUGUUCAAAAAAGUUGCGUUUGCAGAGGGAGGGGCAACAGAGACACCACAACUGCUGAAUAUUGCUCAAAGGAUAUUGGAAAGAUGUCGUGGUCUACCGUUAGCUAUCAAGACCAUGGCGUCUUUACUGCGCUCUUGCAAAACCGAAUCGGACUGGUCAAUGAUCGAACAAAGCGAAACUUGGAGUGCGUAUCCUGAAGGAGACACAGUUCUCGCUGCCAUCAAGCUCAGUUAUGACCAUUUACCAUCAUUAUCUCUUAAACAGUGUUUUGCAUACUGUGCGAUUUUUGAAAAGGACACCGUCAUUGAAAAGGAUCGACUCAUACAACUUUGGAUUGCACAAGGGCUCAUUAAUCCUUCAAAGGAUGAGAUUCAUUUGCAGAUGGAGGACAUCGGCAGUAUCUAUUUCGAUACUCUGUUGAGCAGUUCUUUAUUCCAAGAUGCGGAAAAGGAUAUAUGUGGUGACAUCUAUUGUUGUAAGAUGCACGACCUUGUGCAUGAUGUGGCAUCAAAAGUGUCAGAAAAUUACUGUUACCGUGUGAGCAAUUGGAGGGCCGUAACCAAAAGGAUUGAAGCGUCGCAUGUAUCAAUUUAUUCAGGUGAAAGGGGGAUGUGGAAGAACUUGCGGGAGUUUCUUCCCUUAAAUCUACGAACUCUCUAUCUAAAAGGUUAUGAAGUAGACCUCCCUGAAGAUUUAUUUCAAAGCUUUACACGUCUCGCAGCCUUGGUUGUUGAGGAUGGGGGGACAAACAAAUUGCCAAAAUCAAUUGGUAAGUUGAAACAUUUAAGACUUGUUGACAUUGAGGGUACCGAAAUAACAAAGCUCCCAAUGUCCUUCACAAAGUUAUACUAUUUGCAGACACUGAGAGCUCACCGUUGCAGAAACAUACCACAACGAUUUGGUAAUCUAACUAAUUUGAGGCAUAUUUGCAUAGAAGGUUUGUCUGGUUCAUUGCCAGAAUUAGGUCAAUUGACAAAUCUCCGAACAAUUCCUGAAUUCAGAUGCAGAAGGUAUAGAAUAGAAGAGUUGGAACACUUGAACAAUCUUAGAGGGACACUAAUUAUUAGUGGUCUUCAUAGUGGUGAUAGACAAAAAUCUGCUGCAAAGUCUAACUUGUCGGAGAAGCCAGGCAUUAAAAUUUUAGAGCUUCACUGGGGCAAAUGGAAUAAAGGGGCAAUCAACCAUGUUGAGGUGAUGGAAAGUUUAAAACCCCAUCCAAAUCUGAAGGUUUUGAAAAUUUACAACUACGGAAACCCAAGAUUUCCAUCAUGGAUGGCGAGAGAGAAUGAUUUAUCAUCCUCACUUUGUAAUCUUCUGGAACUCGAAUUGAAGGAUCUGGUUGAAUGCGAAAGCUUGCCAGCACUUGGGAGGUUGCCUUGUCUUAAGUUAUUAAAGUUAAGUAGAUUAUCCAAGGUGAAGCGCAUAGGAGAAGAGUUCUAUGGUUGGUCCAAUGUUGACGGGUUAACAGAUGGUGGUGGCAGUGAUAGGGCCGAAGUUAUUACUGUGUUUCCAGCACUGAGGGUGCUUUACAUGGAGGGAAUGAGAAGCCUUGAGGAGUGGUCAGAUGCAUGUGAAAUAAUUCCAACAACUCAUUCGACAUCAUCUAUGGAUUCAGUUCAAGUCAAAGCAUUUCCUUGUCUGGAGAAGAUGAGGAUAUAUGAUGUUCCCGAGUUGAGUGCUUUUCCAAAUUUGGGGGCCCUACCUAGCCUUGGAGUAUUGCAUAUAGAGGAUUGUACAAAAUUGACAAUAUCAAAUGCUGCUUACAGGGAUAGAGGCGGCUUCGAGUCCAUUCAAAAAAUAAGAGCAGGAAUUGAUGAGGAUGAGAAGAACCAGAGCGAGUCUGCCGAUGAUCAUGUGGUUUCGUACAUCCACCCCCAACAAUACCCUUUCUAUUUCCCUUCACUACAAAGACUCACUCUGUGGGAUUGUGGCGAGUUGACUGCACCGCUUUGCAGCCUCGUCGGGAGUUCGGUUAAGUCCUUGACUAUCAGGUGCUGUCCUAGGUUUUGGCCUAAGGAUCUUCACCACCUAAUUGGACUUGAGGAAUUAACUCUGAAAUCAUGGGGAUGUGAGGGUGACGAAGAACUUAUGCCAUGGCCCUAUCCUACCAUUUCAGGGGCUAGCGAUCAUAAUUUGGUCUCCUCUCUUACAUCCCUUACAUUGGAUGGAGGUGGAUUGCCAAAAGUCAAGUCACUCCCUAGUGAGAUACAGUUUUUGUCUUGUUUGACGACUUUAGGGAUAUGUGGGUUUGAGGGAUUGGAGAUUCUUCCAGAGUGGUUGGGGAAUUUAACAAGUCUUCACGGUCUGAGGCUUCAAAUGUGCCCAAACCUCAAGCAGUUACCAUCGACAGAAUUGCUGCAACGCCUGACUUACUUGGACAUUACAGGUGGUGGUGAGUUGUCAAAUAGAUGCAAGGAAGGUAGCGGCUCAGAGUGGCACAAGAUUGCUCAUAUUCCCCGUUUAAGAAUUUUGUAAGAAGUUUCCACUAAGAUGAAUCAGCAGGACAAGCAUUAUGGAGUUGCUUUGUGAGUUCAUCUUGAUUAGUUUCCAUGGCAUUCAUUGUGUUUCACAGCCGUUAUACCCGUCUUUCAGCAAAAUUUAAUAGAGGCCUGAUGGCACGUUCCAAUGCAUUUACUGUGUAUGUAAAGAGACAUCCAUCCAAUGGUUGCCGUAUUGGAUUUGAUUUCCCACAUUGUGAGAUUUUACUAGUUAUUAAAGAGUGUAUAAUUUAGAAGCAGCAUUAGAUUGGUGUUACAUUUCAUCAUCUUUAGUAGUACAUAACUGAUAAUUUCUGAAGAUAAGUUGCAACAGGGUCUUGUUUAAUCCCCUUGUACUAAAGAGAAAGCUCAAAG